CACCUUUGUUGUCUUCUUGUCAUAUUUUUGGAAAGUGCUCUUGACACUUGGGUCCACUUUUGUGGCAAGUUCACUGCUGGUGGAGUGAUAGAUAAGUCAUCCACUGCUCAAAGAGAGAUGGCUUACAUGAAAACAACAAACAACAACAACGAAGGUGCCCUAGGGACA